CGGGAGGUGUACGUGUCUGAUAAACAUGGCAGUGAUGAGAGCGGAGAUGGGACGGAACACAAGCCGUUCAAAACUCCCUUAAAGGCUCUGCUGUUUGCUGGUAAAGAACCAUGGCCAACUAUCUACGUGGAUGCCCAGAAAGAUGGAGAGCGGUGGGCUGUGAUCUCCAAAACCCAGAUGAAGAAUACGAAAAAGCUCUUCCACAGGGAGCAGCAGAAGACUGAUGCUAAAGACAUGAAGGAGGUGUCUGCCAAGGAGAACCCGUGCAGAGAGGAGAAGAAUCUGGAGGAUGCCAAGAAGAUUGUUAUUGAGAACAACCCCAGCCUACCAGAUCCCCAGACUGUAAGCCAGAGCUCUCCUCUGCUUCUCACAGCUAGCUGUGCCCCUGGAGGGCAUGAGCUGCACUGUGAUUUCUGGGAGCUGAUCGGCCUGGCUCCAGCAGGGGGCGCUGACAACCUGGUGAACGAGGAGUCUGACGUGGACGUGCAGCUGAACAACAGGCACAUGAUGAUCCAUGGCGAGAACGUCUCCAAGAUCCUGCGUGUGCGCUCCACCCUGACGCAGUGCUUCAGGGAUCGCUUCUUCAGCCGUGGCUACUAUGAGAUCACCCCGCCCACGCUGGUGCAGACACAGGUGGAGGGCGGCUCCACCCUCUUCAGCCUGAACUACUUUGGUGAGCAGGCGUACCUGACCCAGUCGUCCCAGCUCUACCUGGAGACCUGCAUCCCCGCGCAUGGUUUGUGCUCAUUUUCGUUCGAGGACCUGGUUUGUGCAGUGGUGGACCGCGUUCUCAAAUCCCCCAUAACCCCCCUGCUCUACGACCUCAACCCCAACUUCAAGCCCCCGACGAGGCCGUUUAAGAGAAUGAACUACACGGAGGCCAUCGACUGGCUGAAGGGGCACGACAUCCAGGAGGACGAUGGGACCCACUACGAGUUUGGGGAGGAUAUCCCAGAAGCCCCUGAGAGGCUCAUGAUGGACACCAUUAACGAGACCAUCCUGUUGUGCCGUUUCGCCGCUGAGAUCAAGUCCUUCUACAUGCAGCGUUGCCCUGAUGACCACCGCCUCACCGAGUCGGUUGAUGUGCUGAUGCCCAAUGUUGGUGAGAUCGUGGGGGGCUCCAUGCAUAUCUGGGACGCUGAGGAGCUCCUGGAGGGUUACAAGAGAGAAGGCAUUGACCCCACCCCCUACUACUGGUACACUGACCAGAGGAAGUACGGGACGUGUCCACAUGGAGGUUAUGGUCUAGGUCUGGAGCGCUUCCUCACCUGGCUACUCAACUGUAACCACAUCCGCGACAUGUGCCUCUACCCACGCUUUAUCCAGCGCUGCAGACCCUGA